AGCAGCAUUUUGCGUCUGCUUGUAAAAAUGGCCGCCUCCAAGCUAACCGCAUGCGUUGUGCGCAGCACCACAGUUUAGUUCUUCUGCUAUAGGUUUGUUGAGGAUUACUGGCUGUAUAAACGUUUGCGACAAGUUAUGUGCAGCUAGUCCUCCUUUCACCAUAGUCAUUUUACUGCAGCCACCAUCAUGAGUCGCAUCGUGAAGAUCUUCAAGACUUUGCGAAAUCACUGGAAAAAGUCCACUUUCGCCGCUUGUUUGCUGACUUACGGAGGAUGGUACCUCAACGAAAGGCACAAGACUACCCUCAUGAUGAGAGCUCUUUGCCUGCGAGCAAAGACCUACGGCGACGAGCCUCUUCCUUCGGGAGCCAAGCCCAGACACGUCACUGUUAUCCUUAACCCGACGUCCAAGGAUGGGAAAGGAAAAAUUCUUUAUGAGAAGUAUGCUGCCCCACUCUUUCAUCUUGCUGGCAUCCGUAUCAGCUUCUUCCAGACUGAGUAUGAGGGCCAAGCCAAAAGUUUGAUGGAAGUGCUGGACAACACCGAUGCCGUGGUCAUAGCCGGAGGAGAUGGCACAUUACAUGAGGCCAUCACUGGUCUUAUGUCAAGGGAUGACUUUGCAACCGCAUGCAAGCGAUUUCCAGUGGGUGUCAUUCCAGCAGGCAAAACCAACUCGCUUGCCAAGCUUUUGUUCUGGGAGCCAGGCAUCACCGAAGCCCGGUGGAUUGCACUAUCUGCAAUGGCUGUCGUCUCAGAGCAGCUCUCUAAGAUGGACGUCAUAAAAGCCGAGCUUCAAAGCGAAGAAGGUGAGGACAAGGAAGUGAAGACUGUGUACUCCCUUGGUCAACUGGAACAAGGUGUAUACCACAGCCUGCUCACUACAAUACCAAAGUAUUGGUACUUUGGCCCAUUGAAGGCACGAGCUGCACUGUUCUUCGGAGCCCUCAAGGGUGUUCCAGAGACAACUGUUGCUAGACUUUCUUACUGUGAACCAUGCAGUGGUUGCUCACGGUGUUUCAACCAAAAUGCAUUGGGUGAAGUACAGCCACCCCCCAGACGUCAUUGGUGGUCUUCACUAAUCCAUAGGGCAGCUCCGCAAACAGGCGAGUCUCAGGUUGACUACAGCAAGCUCAUCAAUGAGGACUGUGGAGUUUGGCAGGAAGAAGUCACCGAACACAGCCAGCUUGACGUUUCGGCAAAUGCACAAAAGGAUCUUCACACACUGCACUUGAAAGCCAGUCCACCACUCUCUGGAAGGUACCAACUGUUCUCUGAAUGCCUUCAAAGGUACUCAGACAAGACAAGAGAAGUACACACAGCCCCACACCAAAUCUUGGCUCGCGAAGCCAUUGUGGACUACUCCAGUGGGUCGCAAGAGAAUCGGGUUAAACCAAAUCUCUCCCCGAAUGGACCUUCCCAGUAGUGAUCGGGCGCUGAGAGUCCGCCGUUCUACCUGGGCGCCCCGCACAACAUGAACAAACGGGCGCAUUAUCACCCUGCUGCUUGGAGAGUAGAUAUUGCUUUCUAGUGCUGCACUUUUUUAACCCCGCUUUCUCGACAGGUCGCCAUCAGUUCGCACAUACGCACACCCAAACAAAGGCUUGCAAAGGAACAAGACAAACACGUUUGAGGCUGACCAUGCUGCAAGCACAUGGCUGCCAGUCAGGGAGUAACAAAUGUAGGACGAAAAGAAAAGCAAAGAAAACUGCGCUUCGCCUACUGCAGAUUAGUCUCAGGUAUAUGCACUUGCUUCCAUGGCUUUCAUUGAAAGGAACGGGUGACGAGUCGGUAAGGGGGAGAUUGAGCUACGAAGAUGUUUCGUGCACUAGCUUUUUACCAGUGAGGUGAGUUAUAUGAGGUUAGGUGAAUUAUAUCACGGUGAGUUAUACGUGCUCGUUGGUCAGCCUUGUUGAGAGCCAUGUAGCAUUCUUUAAGAUGCCCAGAAAAUGCUUGAAAGUGGAAAACUGAUGCCCAGCUUUGAUCAUCUGGUAUGCAUCAAGCUGCAGCAGACUGUCAGCAAUCUUUCAACGAUGAUCGGUAAAACAAUCAGGCCAGAGAUGUUUUGUAUAUGUUACCCAAGAGCAGUGCCACAUUAGUAAAAACAUGUUGUGAAGAGUUCUGCUCGAAACUCACCACAAAAUGGCACUGCAAUGCUGAAUUCAACGUUGCAGACAAAGACAAAAACCAGCUAAGUUUGUGGAAGUUAGGAGCUGUCCUGAAUCCAUUUCAGAAGCGCCUGUUGGGGUAGUCAUUUGAUGACUUCCGACCUGUGUUCAUGUCUGUAACCGACGAUGUAGAUUCACUUCACAAUGAGUUCAACCAGUACCUGCUGGAAACAGGCACUACAAACACAGCUGUCGAACUCAUUGAGUAUUGGCAGGACUCUAGCGCUCGCUACCCCAGGCUGGCAAAUGCUGCACUGACAUUGUUGUGCCUAGCUAAUCGAAGCCGUGAUGUCGUAAGAACUUUUUCCCAGCUGAGAUGCGUUCAACUUCCUGACAGGUCUUGAAUGGAGACCGACAUAU